CACGCAUAAAACAGCGAUCAAUUUCUUUCGGCCAAUGGCAAUCGCUAGUUCGCUUUGUGUCGGUAGUUUGACUAUUAAGGACCACUGUGGUGGUGUAGAUUGAAUUACAGGCAACGGUAGUCGCGUAUUAUAAAUAGAACGUUGACAAGGAAUACCCGAAACGACGAAAAUGUGUAGGAAAAAUAUGAAACGAAAAAAAAUGUUUAAUUAUAACCAUGGUAUGCGACACCCUCAGUCGGUGCCCAAACUUUACAAGAUGAGAAGUCUCACGUGGUUAUCGGUUAUCUUGUGCCUGGCGAUUUUUUCGACUCACGGUAACUGCCAGAGGGGCCUUAGCGGAAACGUUUACGUCGAAAAGCAAUUGCUAUGUGCUUUGGAAAAAGGACCUUGCGAUAUAUUGGGCAGGCAAAUCAAAGACGCUCUUCCUCAAAUCAUCGGAAAAAACUGCCAAUCGUGCGACAAGAAGCAGCUGGCCAACGCCAAAAGGGUCGCCAGAUUCGUCCAAAGUAAAUACCCCGACGUGUGGAACGAUCUAGUGAAAAAGUACGGCACUGCAUCGACUCAGAAUUAACCCCGUUAUUUCGAACGCUCGUUAUCACUGGCAAAAGCCAAGAACAUUAAAAAUUAAACACCCGUAUGUAAAAUGUUCCCGUUUGUAAAUACAUUUACAAUAAACCAUUACAUUUUCACUUAAAAUAUGUCCCAUCGUAAUUCAGAUUUUGCCAAUGCAAACCGGUAAUAUUUUUAUGGACACUCGGACUUAA